AAGUAUAAAACACGUCAAAGGGCACACAAAAAUCGUUUUCGUCCCAGUUUUUUUUCACCCAAUUAUAAAGAUACCGGCUUUUGCUUGGUUCUUUUUUACUCUAAGGAAUUUCUUUGAAAGGAUUCUACACUGAUUCAUCCUCAGGCAUUCUUAAUGUAUUUCCCUCUUUUCCUGUCACUUUGCUUUGUUGCAUCAUCCUCAGUGGACCCCCCUGGAUGGAACUUGUUAUUUGGAACCGAUAUUUUGAAUGAGACUUACAAAGAACCUUUAAUAUUUGAUAACCCUGUACCAAAAUGGAUUAAAGGGUCUCUGAUACGCAAUGGACCAGCGCGAUAUGGAAUGGGCGAACGCUCGUUCUUAAACCUCUUUGAUGGGUUUGGAAAACUGUAUUCUUGGCAGUUUUCUGGAAAUGGGUCGGUUUUCUUCUCAUCCAAAUUCCUGCAAAGCGAGUCCUACAAUGAAUCAUUAAGAAUAAAUGACAUUGCGCCAUACAUGUCCUUUGAUAAUCUAAAACCUCCUUUGAAUAUCAUGCAAAAAGAACUGGCACUAGCUCACGGUAUGGACAACAUGAACAUCAACGUCUACAAUUAUUCAGGAGACUGUGUGGUUCUCACCGAUACUUGGAAGUUGUAUGUAGUCGACUGCUACACGCUAGACACUAUAAGACCAAGCAAACCUACCAUUCCCGGAGCAGAAACCAGUUUUCCUUUUGUUAGUCUGAUGUCUGUGGCGCAUCCGGUGCGAGAGUAUGGUACAAAUCACCACAUUACCAUUUUACAAAGCCUUAGUGUUCUCCCCGGACUUCCGCAUAAAUUCACCCUUGUCCGAACAAAGUCGGCUGAUACUCGAGAAAAAAUCGCUGAGUGGAACGUCAAGAAAAUGCCGUAUCUGCACACUAUCUCGAUUACAGAGCGGUACGUUAUUGUCUUUGGCUGCCCGUUUUACGUAAAUAUCGAGAAAAUGUUACAGUACACUGUUCCAAAAGAAAGUAUUCUGUUUCAUAAAGACGAGCCCACCGUUGCAUAUGUAGUGGAGAUUAAGACGGGGAAAGUGGUAACUAUCGAAACCGAAAACAUUUUUACAAUGCAUCAUGCUAACGCCUAUGAACUAGACAAGGAUAACAUUGUAUUCGACAUUAUAUCUUAUAAUGACGCUUCUCUUGUUACGUUCUUUGAAAUGGAUAAUUUAUAUAACAAGACGCGACGAGAUGGAUUCCCAUUUAAACCUGCCCUAAAAAGGUAUAAAAUUGACUUGAAGGCAGGAAAGAUGACAUCCACGUCGUUUGAUGUUAAUCCUAAACUCCCUCAUGUCAACACAUUGGAGGUCCCCACAAUAAAUGAAAACUACAGAUCAAAACACUACUGUUACAUCUAUGGUGCUGUUUUCAAAAGCGAUUUUAAGACUUGGGGCAAUUUUUCAUUUGUCAAGAAAGACGUCUGCAACUCUACAGGCGACUUGUCUUGGUCCGUUCCAGACCAUUAUCCGAUGGAGGGCUGGUUUGUUCCAGAUCCGAACGGAUCAGCAGAGGACGACGGAGUAUUAAUGGUCCCUGUGGUAGACGGGGAUUUAGGCAAAAGUUACAUUCUAAUUCUUGAUCCAAAGACAAUGAAGCCAAUCACCAAGGCUUAUUUACCUAUCAUUGUUCCGUUCCAUUUUCAUGGAAGAUUUAUUGAGAAUGUGUUCUAAGAUGUUUUGUCAUAUGAUAUUCAUAGUGCAUAAGCAAUGAUAUAUCGAAUCUUC